AUGAGUAGUCGUAAGAUGCGAACUCAGUCACGAUUUAGCUCGGGCGAGGGUCACCUCCGAGAUCAUGCCAAACAGAAGUACAUCGGAUCGGCGUUUGAGUCCGAUACCCUGAGCGACCAGAAAUACUUGGAAAUACUGGGCCAGGAGUUCAAUUGCAUGACACCCGGGAAUGAGAUGAAAUGGGGGCCUCUGGAGGCCAUCAAAGGGCAGUACAACUGGGGACCCGCCGACAAACUGGUCGCAUAUGCAGAGCAACACAAUAUGAAGAUCAGGGGACAUAACCUCAUAUGGCACGAACAGUUGCCCACAUGGAUUGCGGAACUGGAGGGCAAAAAGGCUGAGCUCGAGCAAGUGAUCAAGGACCAUAUUAAUACAGUGGUUGGACAUUUUAAAGGUAAGAUCUACGCGUGGGAUGUCGUCAAUGAAGUGAUCGAUGAAGUGUCCGGCGAACUAAGGGACAGCAUAUUCUCGCGAACUUUGAACUACAGUUUCAUUGAGGAGGCCUUCCGUACGGCACACGCGGCCGACCCUAACGCCAAGCUAUACAUCAAUGAAUACAACUUAGAAGCCAUUGACAAACCGUCAGACGCCUUAUACGCGUUGGUCAAGGAGUUGAAGGGUAAGGGAGUGCCCGUUAAUGGGGUCGGUUUGCAGGGGCACUUCAGGGAGAAUGAAAUUCCCUCAACCUUUCAAGAUAAUCUUAAACGCUUCUCCGAUUUGGGACUCGAUGUAGCCAUCACUGAGCUUGAUAUCCGGUAUAAGUUACCAGGCUCAGCCGAUAAGAUCGCUAAACAGGCACAGGAUUAUAGUCAUGCCUUUAGCGCCUGUAUGAACGUGGACAGGUGUGUCGGGGUAACCGUUUGGGGCUUUACCGAUAAAUACUCUUGGUUGGCUGAAAAGGGUUAUGGGGAACAGGAUUUAUGGACUGAGGAUUAUAAACCCAAACCCGCCGUAGACGCUGUCGAUAAAAAGUACAUCGGAUCGGCGUUUAGGUCCGAAGCCCUAAGCGACCAGAAAUACCUGGAAAUACUGGGCCAGGAGUUCAAUUGCAUGACACCCGAGAAUGAGAUGAAAUGGGGGUCUCUGGAGGCCAGCAAAGGGCAGUACAACUGGGGAAACGCCGACAAAUUGGUCGCAUAUGCAGAGCAACACAAUAUGAAGAUCAGGGGAACUGCCCUCAUAUGGCACGAACAGUUGCCCGAAUGGAUUGCGGAACUGGAGGGCAAAAAGGCUGAGCUCGAGCAAGUGAUCAAGGACCAUAUUAAUACAGUGGCAGCACAUUUCAAAGGUAAGAUCUACGCGUGGGAUGUGGUCAAUGAGGUGAUCGAUGAGGGGUCCGGCAAACUAAGGGACAGCAUAUUCUCGCGAACUUUUAACUACAGUUUCAUUGAGGAGGCCUUCCGUACGGCACACGCGGCCGACCCUAACGCCAAGCUAUACAUCAAUGAGUACGGCCUCGAAGCCGUUGACACAAAGUCGGACGCCUUAUACGCGUUGGUCAAGGAGUUGAAGGGUAAGGGAGUACCCGUACAUGGGGUCGGUUUGCAGGGGCACUUCAGGGAGAAUGAAAUUCCCUCAACCUUUCAAGAUAAUAUUAAACGCUUCGCCGAUUUGGGACUCGAUGUAGCCAUCACUGAGCUUAAUAUCCGGUAUAAGUUACCAGGCUCAGCCGAAAAGAAAGCCAAACAGGCCCAGGAUUAUAGUCAUGCCUUUAGCGCCUGUAUGAACGUGGACAGGUGUGUCGGGGUAACCGUUUGGGGCUUUACCGAUAAAUACUCUUGGGUGGAAGAAAAGGAAAAGGGUUAUGGGGAACAGGAGUUAUGGACUCAGGAUUAUGAACCCAAACCCGCCGUAGACGCUGUCGAUAAAUUAAAUAACCCAAAUAUCGCCCAUUUGAAGGACAAAACCAAACAGAUAUACAUCGGAACUGCAUUCGCCUCGAAAUACCUGACCACUGACGCCACGUAUAAGACAACGACGGAACAGGAGUUCAAUUGCCUGACCCCCGAGCAC